AACAUAUAACCAUACAUUUGACGACAACAACAACAAGGAAUGUGUGUUUGUGUGUAGAGUGGUUACAAUGGCAGUGCAGUAUGAGUGCUGUGAUGUGGAGUUUUCAAAACGCGUAUUGAUAAUUGUGCUGCUCGUGAUAUUCGCUGGAUUGAUGUCAGGGCUCACUUUAGGCCUCAUGUCAUUGAGUCUCGUUGAUCUUGAGGUCCUUGCAAAGUCUGGAACCCCUCACGAUCGCAACAAUGCUGCAAGGAUAUUGCCUGUUGUCAGGAAUCAACAUUUGUUGCUUUGCACACUCCUAAUUUGCAAUGCGGUAGCCAUGGAGGCCCUUCCAGUUUUUCUGGAUAGUCUUGUUGUUUGGUGGGGUGCUAUACUGAUUGCGGUGACAUUAAUCCUUCUGUUCGGUGAGAUUAUACCUCAAUCAAUUUGUUCUCGCCAUGGUUUAGCAAUUGGUGCAACAGUGGCUCCAGCUGUUCGAGUUCUUGUAUGGAUAUGUUUUCCUGUUGCUUAUCCAAUUAGUAAGUUGCUGGACUUUUUGCUGGGGCAUCGACAUGAAGCCCUUUUCCACAGAGCUGAGUUGAAGACACUUGUAAAUCUGCAUGGCCAUGAGGCUGGAAAAGGUGGGGAACUGACACAUCAUGAAACAACGAUCAUUGCUGGAGCACUGGAACUCUCUGAGAAGAUAGCCAGUGAUGUCAUGACUCUCAUAACCGAAACAUUUUGUGUUGACAUUAAUUUAAAGCUUGACAGGUAUCUGAUGAAUCUGAUAAUGGAGAAUGGGCAUAGCAGAGUCCCAGUCUAUUAUGAGCAGCCCACUAAUAUUAUUGGACUUAUCCUGGUCAAGAAUUUAUUGACAAUUGACCCAGAAGAUGAAGCACCAGUGAAAAGUGUGACCUUGCGAAGAAUUCCAAGGGUUCCAGAAUCGAUGCCACUGUAUGAUAUUUUGAAUGAGUUCCAAAAGGGUCAUAGCCACAUGGCCGUCGUCGUU